AUGACCACCCCUCAGUCGGAAGGCGUGCUUCUCAACGAGAAGCCCCUCCAAGCCACGAUCCCCUCCGAGAAACAAAACGGCGUCCCUGAAGUCAACGGGCAUCCUCCGCCAGCUGCGAAACAAGCUGCAUCAGAAUCCGAAGUCGCGCGCGACUCCAGCAAGAUGCCGCAACAAGCCGCAGAUGAGGUUAGCAAAAACAAGAAUGCUUUCUCCGCAAACCAGGCUUUGCCCAGCAGCGACUCCGCUAGCAAGGAUCAGCAAGUAAGCGAACCGAAAGUCGAGCUUAAGGCCAGAGACGAGGGAGUCUCGCCGACAGACACAGAGAUGCCCGAUGUGCCCGCGACUGACAAGGCGGAGGAUUCAACUGCACAGCCCGCAGGCCAACCAGACUUGACGACCGAUUCAGCUCCGGAUCCGUCGAAGCCCGAGCCGACCGAGAGCAAGCCGGAUGUGGAAAUGGCAGAUGUGGGAGAGAGUCCAAGGGCAGACACAAACGCCUUGGAAGAGGCGCCGGCUGGGUCAACUGACCAGGCUAAGGGUACACCAGCUGCGACCGGCACUGCCGAUGUUAGCGGAUCUGAAGCGAAUAAAAGCUCUCAGGCGUCGGCUAAGGUUCCCCGGGAGCGGGAUGUCGAUAGCGAAGACGAGCCUGUGGCGAAGAGGACCAAAGUUGAGCAUGGAGAGCAGGGAGGGCAAGGAGAGGCGGUCAAGGAUGCCAUGGAGGUUGACCGGCAGGCCGCAUCCGGCCAAACUGCUGCGCAGCCAGAGCAGCCAGAGGACGGGGAGCCGAAGCCUAAGAAUCUUGCGGACGACCUCCUAAAUGAUCAGCCUAUUUCUGAGUGGCAAGCGAAGCAGAUCCGUGCUGUUCUGGCCGGUGUCAAGAAGACAAAGGUUGGGUUCAACUUCCGGCUGCCUGUCAAAGAUCUAUGGCCUAUGCUUUGGACUGAAUACUCUGCGAGAAUUCCUAAUCCAGUCGACAUCAGCUUAAUGGAGAAGCGUCUUCGUGGUGACGGCCCCCCCUAUGCCACAAUGGGUGAUUUCAAGAAAGACCUCGAUCUCCUCGUUCAGAACUCGAUCACCUUUAACGGCGACGCUCACGAGGUGACAGCAUCUGCGCGCGCUUGCCGCGAGUCCAUCCUCAGCCGCAUGGCUCUUCACCCGCCGCACGAGCCGCCGAAGCCCGAGAAGAAGGAGACCAAGGCGCACACCCGCGAGCCCCGUGCUGCCUCCACGUCCAAGAGCAUGGCUUCUACUGCUGCCGCUAAACCCGUCACAGAGUCGCCCGUGUUCGCGAUCCCGCGCGAAAGCAACGGCGUGCCACCCGUCCGGCGCAACCCGACCGAUCCCGAGAGCCGCAUGAAGCGGCCUGUCAAGCCUACCCAUCCCAAAGAUCUUGUGUAUGAGACCAAGCGGAAAAAGAAGCUGCCGCUGGAGCUGCGCUUCGCCGAUGAGGUGCUCACGGAGCUCAGGAAGGCGAAGUAUUACGAAUUUAACACUGCUUUUCUGCAGCCCGUGGACCCCGUUGCCCUCAACAUCCCUUCUUAUCAUAAGAUCAUCAAGAAGCCGAUGGACCUGGGGACCAUGGCUAAUAAGCUUGCGGCCGGCGAGUACAGCAACAUCAAGGAGUUUGAGAAGGACUUCGAACUGAUAAUCAAGAAUUGCCGUACUUUCAAUGGUGAAGAUCACAUCGUUUAUCACCAGGCGCUCAAGCUCCAGGACCUGUACCGGGCCGAGAUGUCUAAGAAGGAUGUGUGGAUGGCCAAGCACGCCCCGCCCGUUCAGCAAAAUCAGGCUCGGACGAGCCCACACCGCGACGACUCAGAUUCGGAUGACGCCGACUCGGAGCCGGACGUCGAGGAUGAAGAGCUGAAGCAGUCUCGGCAUCGCUUGGCUACUAUCCAAAAGCGUCUCGAAGAGGAGCAGAAGAAGAUCAACGAGAUGGUCAAUUCUGGCACCGCAGAGAUCGCCGAUGUUGAGAUUACCCAAGCUGUCGUCGCCAUGCUGCAGAAGCAACUUAUGGCUGAGCGUGCCAAGAUUGCCGCUCUCGAGGCUAAGAAACCUGCGAAGAGCAAGUCCAAGUCCAAGAAGUCUGGCGGUUCUGGCUCCUCUCACAAGAAGGGCUCCGUCUCGGGCGGCGGUGCCACUGGUGGCGCCAAAAAGAGUGCGCCCAAGAAGGUCACCCCCAAGCGUAGGGUCACUCAAGCUGAGAAGGAAGUUAUUGUCGACUCGCUCGGCAACCUGCAGAGCCCGUGGCUUGAUAAGGCUAUCGAUCUUAUCAAGAAGGACACCGGCCAGGGCGAAAACGACUCAGGCGAGCUGGAGCUGGACAUCGACUCGCUGUCGGAAGACGCGUUGGCCAAAUUGUACGACAUCGUCAUCAAGGCUUUCCCGCACCUUAAGGUCGAGCGGCAGCAACAGCAACAGACCAGCGCGGCGGCCGAUCCGCCCAAGAAGCCCAACAAAACCAAAAAGAACAAGCCUAUGAGCAAGACGGAACAAGAGCGGAGGAUCCAGCAGCUCAACGAGCUACGAGCGCAGGCCGUCCGCGGCGCCUCGGCCAGUCAGGAGCCGAUCGAGUCGAUCGAGGGCAACGGCAUUGAUGCGGUGGCUCAGCACCACGACGAGCACGAGAGUGACGAGUCGGUCGACUCCGAAGAAGAGUAA